AGAAUGCAGAACCGCUGCCCGAUAUGGAGAGUUAAGUUAUCACCAAAUAGAAGUUCAGCCUGAUGACCAAUACAAAACAGUGUUUCAAACUAGAUAUGCGCACUAUAAGUUCACAAUGAUGCCCUUUGGACUACCCAACGCGCCAACCAUGUUUCAACGUUGUAUGAACGAUUUGUUUAGGCCGUCUUUAGAUAGAUUUGUGAUUGUAUACUUAGAUGACAUUCUAGUGUUUAGCAAGACCCUGCUGGAGCACGAAGCUCAUCGGAGGCAGGUCUUGGAGAAGCUGGGAGAAGCUAACUUCAAGAUCAACGCAAAGAAGUGCGAGUGGGCAAAAACACAGGUAUUGUACUUGGCCCACAUCCUAGAUGGAGAUGGCAUAAAGCCUAAUGACAGCAAGAUAGCAACAAUUAGAGACUGGCCAACUCCUCACGCAUUGACAGAGUUGCGGUCGUUCUUAGGAUUGGCAAAUUACUAUAGGAAGUUCUCUCCCAUCGCUGCUCCCCUUCGCAGAUUGCUAAAGAAAGGAGCGAUCUGGAAGUGGGACCAAGACUGUACAUCGGCCCUAAAAAUAUUGAAGCAGGCGUUGAUAGAGUACCCAAUCCUCAAGACGAUCAGGAAUGCCGACCCUCUCCCACGCAUCGACGAUCUUCUCGAGCGACUGGGCGGCGCCAAAUUCUUCUCCAAACUGGACCUCAAGUCGGGAUAUCACCAACUCGAGAUUCGCAAGGAGGAUCGCUACAAGACCGCGUUCAAGACAUGGUAUGGGCAUUUCGAAUGGUUGGUCAUGCCGUUUGGCCUUACGAAUGCCCCAGCCACUUUCCAAGCGGCUAUGACAACGGAGUUCCGCCACAUGCCGGAUCCGUUUGUACUCAUCUACCUCGACGACAUCUUGGUGUACAGUCGGAGUUUGGACGAGCAUGUGGAACACCUGCGCACCGUUUUGGAGCGGCUACGACAGGCCAAGUACAAAGCAAACCGCAACAAGUGCGAGUUCGCACAGCAGGAGCUGGAGUACUUGGGCCACUAUGUGACGCCGAAAGGCAUCCGUCUGCUCGCGAACAAGAUCGAGGCCCUACGAGUGUGGCCCAAGCCCACCAACACCACGGACGUUCGCUCAUUCAUGGGGUUGGCGGGCUACUAUCAACGAUUCAUCACCCGAUACUCCAGGAUUGUUGCACCUAUGACGAGGUUCACAUGGGUUACGGACAACAAUCCACUGACCUACUACAAGACGCAGGAUACAGUGAGCAGCACGAUCAGACGAUGGAUGUACUUCAUCGACCAGUUUGACUUCACACCGAAACAUCUUCUCAGCCUCUCCAAUCCCGCAACGGAUGCACUCUCGCGAAGACCUGAUCUUUGCACUAUGACUCGUCAUGCCUUCGCGUUCAAUGAGGAGCUUCAGCGACACUUCAUCCGGGCAUACCAGUCUGAUCCGAACUUCGCCACCCUAUAUGCACAGCUAUAUUCGGAUCAUCCGCCGACCAGCCAUUACCGCAUUGUCGACGGGUACUUGCUCCUCCACUCGAGAGGCAAGGACUUACUAUGUGUCCCAGGCGACCGUCAUCUUCGGACUCGCCUCCUCGGCGAGUAUCAUGAUUCACGACUCGCCGGCCAUUUCGGGGUCAACCGCCCUAUUGAACGGCUUCGACAGCGAUUCCGAUGGCCUGACCUCAUUACCGAUGUCACUCAGUAUUGCGACUCAUGCGAAGUUUGCCGACGCAGCAAACCCCGCAACCGCAAUCCCUAUGGCGAGUUACACCCGAUGCCUAUCCCACGGGAACCCAGUCUCUCCAUUGCCAUGGAUGUCACCGGUCCAUUCCCUCGCGACCGGCUCGGGCACGACGGCAUCCUCACGGUGGUGGACCGAUUGAAGUCCGACACGACGAUGAAACCAAGUUCGGCUCGGCAUCCACAGACACAUGGGCAGACGGAGCGAGCACAUCAAACCGCUCAAAUGCUUCGUACGCUCAUCCGUUCGGACCAGAAAGAUAGUGUUGACCGCCUCCCCGACAUCGAGUUCGCCUACAACACUUCGGUGCACCCGGCGAUCGGCGUGACUCCAUUCGAGUUGCACCACGGUGGACGAAGAGGCCAUAUCUUCGGCGACCUUCUCCUCCCUCGACCAGCCGACAUUGACGCCGCUUGCUCCCCCGCUUCCGUUCAGAAGUACAGGGACUUGCUGACUCAAGCCCGCGCGAAUAUGCAAAAGGCUCAAGUCCGCAUGCUGCAUCCAGCCAACAGGCGUCGCGUGCCAUGUCCUAUCCGCGCCGGUGAUCUGGUUUGGGUCUCCGCAGGAGAGUUUGCACUGGAACAGGAUGUUUCACGCAAACUACUUCCCAAGUGGUUUGGACCAUGGUCUGUGACAGCAGCCGCGAGCGAUGAGCCCGGUGGCCUUUCAUUUGUGAUCAACAUUCCAGAGCAUCUGACGGUCCAUCCAGUCUUUCAUGCCUCGAAGAUGGGAACUUACACGCCAGCCAAGAACGACGACUUUCCGGGCCGACGAUCGCAGGACACUCCUAUGGAUGGUCAUCAGGAAGUUGACCGCGUCAUCACCGAUCGCAAGUACGGCAGCAAGCCGCGGCAGUACAAAGUCACAUUCAAAGCGUGCGAUCGCGACGACACUCGGUGGAUUUCAGGAGCAGAUUUGAAAGCAUCUGCACCCCUGAUCUACGCACAUUAUGAAAAGCGAAGGUUAGCUCAGGACGCUUCACGACCAGCCCCUCCCACCCGGACUGUGGUCCCUCCCUCAAACAGACAGCUUCGCCCUUGCAGGUACCACGAAGAUGGAGCUGGAGCGAUGGCGCCUCAGUCAGCUGCAUACAUUGAAGACCGAGGUCUAGAAGCUGCAGUCGACGAACGCGGACGACAAUCCGAAGAUGUACAAGAUGCCAACUUUCAACCUGSAGAGGUUCGACGACUACACGCAGCCGGAUCCCGUCCUCUGGUGAGAAGCAUUCACAACCGACUCAGGAUUCUGCCAGUAGCCAAGCAAGCGUACAUCGGCGCCCUGUUCCUGAACUCAAAGGGMGGAUGCCAGACCUGGUUGAGCCACCUGGCAACCUCCCACGACGUCGACGUACCAGACUUGGAGGACGUAAUCACAUCGGAGGAACUGACACGGCUGUGGAAGAAGCGGUUCAUCGUCGACGACGCGCCGGCACUCGCCAUCAACCGUUUGUUCACCAUGUCACAGGGCAACACAGCAACACAGGACUGGCUCACGGAGUGGCAAAAGAUUGCGGCUGUACCCAAUUUGAACCUACCAUUCGAGCAUCUACGCCGUGAGCUCUACAACAGGUCCUAUGCGACAUUGAGCCAGGCUCUUGGUGAUCGCGAGCAGUACUCAACCUUCGCGGAGAUCAUUGACAAAGCGAGGGAGAUCAUCAAGACCAACAGGUCAGCUGCACACGAGAAAUCAACAUCAUGGCAGCCGACCUAUGUGGAGAAGGUACGAACUGGUCCGCGACAGCAGCACUUCGCUGCAGUCCAGCAGGACAGUGGAGAUAACCCAGCAGCCACUCCAGCAUCAAGUGACGGAGAUCAGGUGGCCGCUGUCCAGCCGCGAAGCACCAACAAGUCCCGCAACAAUGGGAAGGCGAAAUCCGCAUCGCAGGCCGGAAAUGGACAGCCAGGACAGUUUCCAUGGGUCAAGUUUGGCUUGACCGAGGCGGAGUACAAGGUCCACGGCCGCUACAAAGAUUGGGUUCACCGCCUCCCCGACAUCGAGUUCGCCUACAACACUUCGAUGCAUCCGACGAUCGACGUGACUCCAUUCGAGUUGCACCACGGUGGACGGAAAGGCCGGAUCUUCGUCGACCUCCUCCUCCCUCGACCAGCCGACAUUGACGCUGCCUGCCCUCCCUCUUCCGUCCGGAAGAACAGGGAAUUGCUGACUCAAGCCCGCGCAAAUAUGCAAAAGGCUCAAGUCCGCAUGCAGCAGCAAGCCAACAGGCGUCGCGUAYCAUGUCCCAUCCGCGCCGGUGAUCUGGUUUGGGUCUCCGCGGAAGAGUUUGCACUGGAACAGGAUGUUUCACGCAAACUGCUUCCCAAGUGGUUUGAGCCUUGGUCUGUGACAGCAGCCGAGGGCGAUGAGCACGAUGGCCCUUCAUUUGUGAUCAACAUUCCAGAGCAUCUGACGGUCCAUCCGGUCUUCCACGCCUCGAAGCUGGCAACUUACACGCCAGCCAAGAGCGACGACUUUCCGGACCGACGACCGCAGGACSCUCCUUCUAUGGAUGGCCAUGAGGAAGUUGACCGCGUCAUCUCCGAUCGCAAGUACGGCAGCAAGCCGCGGCAGAAUAAAGUCACAUUCAAAGCAUGCGAUCGCGACGACACUCGGUGGAUAUCAGGCGCAGAUUUGAAAGCAUCCGCACCGCUGAUCUACGCGCAUUAUGAAAAGCGCAGGUUAGCUCAGGAAGCUUCACGACCAGCCCCUCCCACCCGGACUGUGGUCCCUCCCUCAGACAGACAGCUUCGCCCUCGCAGGUAAGCUCGGUUCUUCAAGGAGGGGGGGGUGUGGCAUACUAUGUAGCCACACAGGGCCCGUCCCGGACAUUCAGCCUAAAAGCCUAAAACUU